UAUAAGCACAUUUUGAGCUUUUCUUCACUCCAUGAAAUUGCACCUUAGUGCACGUGUUCGAGCGUUAGUUAUACAAGAUUAUUAAUUCGAUUAUUAACGACUUACAAAAGUAAAUUCAAACAAAUGUAGUUGAGGAAUGUAAUAGUACAUGUGGUAAUUUAAUUUUUAACUUCAUAAAUAGCAAGUAAGAUUAAGAAAGGAAAUGAAUAAAGAGUAAAGAACGCAUAAUUAUAUUUACAGAUAAUGUAGUUAAUAUAUACAAAUAAGAAAUCUUGCCGAUAUUAAGCUGUCAUAAAUCAUCUACGAUAAUCUUUAUUUAUUAAUCCAUAUAUAUAUAUAAUAAAAUUAAAAAUUAAAAAUAAAACAUCUUAAAUUAAUAUCUUGAUUAAAGAUUUUCAAUAUAUCUUUUAAAACAAAACAAAAAUUGCUUUACAAAAAAUGGUAAAAGAAGUCUCAGAUGAAUCUACGAAAGAGAUACAGCUAAUAAAUUCAGAUGACGAAGGAUCCAUUCAUUUGCCAUCUGAUAAUCAGCAAAAAUCAAUGGGCAAGGUACAAAUGAAAAAGCAAUUAGGUCUUUUGGAAGGAGUAGCUAUCAUAUUGGGAAUUAUAUUUGGCUCAGGCAUCUUUAUCUCACCAAAGGGAGUGAUACAGGAAGUGGGUAGUGUAGGAUUAUCGCUGAUCAUUUGGGUAUUAUGUGGUUUGCUCUCUAUGAUAGGUGCCUUAUGUUAUGCAGAAUUAGGUACUAGUAUACCUCGCAGUGGAGGAGACUAUGCUUAUAUUCAUGAAGCAUUUGGUGCAUUGCCUUCAUUUUUGUACUUAUGGGCUGCUAACUUAAUUUUUGUACCUACAACAAAUGCUAUCAUGGGACUGACAUUUGCUCAGUAUGUCGUACAACCAUUUUUUCCUAAUUGCACCACUCCGGAUGAUGGUGUACGAUUAAUCGCUGCACUGAGUAUAUGCUUACUCACUUUCAUCAAUUGUUACGACGUGAAAGAAACAUCAAAGAUUCAGAAUAUAUUUAUGUUUGCUAAAAUUGGAGCACUAGUCAUCAUUAUUAUGGCUGGAUUAGUCUGGCUUUGCAUAGGACACACGGACAACUUCAAAAAUACUUUUGAAAACACGAAUACCGAUCCAGGGAAAAUUGCUGUAGCUUUUUACUCUGGCAUAUUUUCUUACUCGGGAUGGAAUUAUUUGAAUUUUAUGACGGAAGAACUAAAAAAUCCUUACGUAAAUUUACCACGUGCAAUUUACAUAUCACUGCCGCUGGUGACCUUAAUAUAUGUUAUGGCAAAUGUUUCUUAUCUGACUGUUUUAACUCCGACUGCUAUGAUUGCUUCGAACGCCAUCGCUGUAGUAAGUAAUAACUGUUGUUCAAUAUACAGGAUAUCCCAAAAUUUGCGAAUAAAAAUAUCAUAG